GGCCACUCGCAACUCGCCAUGUCCCUCACCUGCUCCAUCUCCGGAGAGCCCCCCCAGGACCCCGUCGUCUCCACCAAGACCGGCCACGUCUACGAGCGUCGUCUCAUCCUCAAGUAUCUCGCAGACAACGGCACUGACCCAGUCAGCGGAGAGAAGCUCGAGGAGGCGGACCUCAUCAGCAUUAAAGCUAGUGCAAAAGCUGCCGCCCCACGACCACCGACUGCGACGUCCAUACCCGCUCUUCUCCACACGUUCCAAAAUGAGUGGGACGCCCUCGUCCUUGAAAUGUCUAACCUCAGGCAGCAAAAUAACUCUCUUCGCCAAGAGCUGAGCUAUGCUCUAUACGCUCAGGACGCUGCCAACCGUGUCGUCGCUCGUCUCAUCCGCGAACGCGAUUCCUCGAGAGAGGCUUUGUCAAACGUCCAGGCAUCCAUGGGCAUUACUCCUGCACCCGCUGGCGGUGAUGUUGAGAUGGCUGAGGAGAACGGAGCACAGGAAGGACUUCCCAAGGAGAUUGUCGACCAGAUGAACGAGACUCAGGCUGCCCUCUCCGCGGCACGCAAGAAGCGCAAGGCUCCCGCAGGCUGGGCCACUCCCGCAGAGGUCAAGACCUUCACUGCGAUUCACACCAUCCCCUCCCUUCACUCUGCCUCGCCCGCCGGUAUCAACUCGCUUGCUGUCUCGUCCGCCAACCCUUCGCAGUUCUUGACUGGGGGCAACGACAAGAUUGUCCAGCUCUAUGACCGCAGCACGGACAAGGUCCUUGCUUCCCUCAAGGGACACACCAAGAAGGUCAACCACGUCAGCUUCCGCGAGAAGGAGGGUGACAACACCCUCAUCCUCUCCGCAGGCGCCGACAAGGUCGCCAAGAUCUGGUCGCACGACUCCGCCUCGGGCGAGUUCCUCCCCAAGGCGACCAUCCGUUUGCACAAGGGCGAGCUCACCGGCCUCGCCGUGCACCCAACGUCGACCGUCGCCAUCCUCGGCUCGGCCGAUAAAACCUACUCGCUACACGAGCUCACCAACUUCACGCAGAUCUACCAGUCCUCGCCGUUCGACGACCCCUUCAGCUCGCUCGCUGUCCACCCCGACGGCGCGCUGCUCGCCCUCGGCACGGCCAACUCCAAGAUCCAGAUCUGCGACGUCAGGACGGGCUCCGUCGCCGCGACGAUCAGCCCGCCGGACGUGGAGACGCCGUUCGCGGUGAACUCGCUCUCGUUCUCCGAGAACGGCUACCACCUCCUCGCGCCGGACAGCACGUCCUCGGUCGCGAUCUGGGACCUGCGCAAGAUGAAGGCGGCGCACAGCAUCGCGCUCGGCGACGGCUUCAAGAUCGGGCGCGUCGCGUACGACUACAGCGCGCAGUUCCUCGGCGUCGCGGGCUCCGAGGGCGUGCGCCUGUUUGCGCACAAGACGUGGGACGAGCUCGCGCGCUUCGAGGAGGCGGGCGAUGUGUCGUCGAUCGUGUUUGGCGCGCAGGGCAAGGAGGUGUGGGGAACGAGCGGGCGCGAGGUCAGGAUCUGGGGGCUGCCGCAGUAGAUGUUGUUGAUAUCUUGUGUUUUGCAUACGGUAUCUCCCUGUUCGUCUUUGUGCUCAAAUCUCGCGCAUCGUCGCAAUGCUAGCCAUAAUUCCGCUGUCG